AAGAGGCUCCACCUCUGCGAGGGCUUGAUUCGUCUAGCACUUUUAAGAUAAUUUAUGGAGCAACCUGAUGAGCUUAUUGGCCAAGUUGGAUGGUCCUUUUAGAGUCGGAUCCUACCUGGCUGGGGGGUUGUCUCCCUCUCGCUCCUACGCGCUGGGGGGACACCGAGAUUGCAGAGUAAUUACUAGAGAGUGACUUGUAAGAAAACCAGAGAAGAGAGACUUAAAGCCAAUGGAUUCAUGGAGGCGUCCCUCCUUCCUGUGGCCUCUGUGCAGUCCCUGCAGCAGGGGGAGGCUUCUGCUCUUGUUAUUGACCGUGCGUUUGGGGAACUGUGCUGAUAAAGCAGAUGAUGAGGAUGAUGAAGAUCUAACAGUGAACAAAACAUGGGUACUUGCACCAAAGAUUCAUGGUGGAGAUGUCACUCACAUACUGGACUCUUUACUUCAAGGCUAUGACAGUAAACUUCGGCCAGAUAUUGGAGUGAGAACUACGGUAAUUGAAACAGAUGUCUAUGUUAACAGCAUUGGCCCCGUUGAUCCAAUCAACAUGGAAUACACCAUAGAUAUAAUUUUUGCCCAGACUUGGUAUGAUAGUCGCCUAAAGUUUAACAGCUCAAUGAAAGUGCUUAUGCUUAAUAGCAAUAUGGUUGGAAAAAUUUGGAUUCCAGACACUUUCUUCCGGAACUCAAGAAAAUCUGAUGCUCAUUGGAUCACCACUCCAAAUCGUUUGCUUCGAAUCUGGAGUGAUGGACGAGUAUUAUAUACUCUGAGGUUGACAAUUAAUGCUGAAUGUUAUCUUCAGCUUCAUAACUUUCCUAUGGAUGAGCAUUCCUGUCCUCUGGAGUUUUCAAGCUAUGGAUAUCCCAGAAAUGAAAUUGAAUACAAAUGGAAGAAAACCUCUGUUGAAGUCGCAGAUCCCAAAUACUGGAGAUUAUACCAGUUUGCAUUUGUAGGGUUACGAAAUACAACUGAAAUUUCUCAUACUCUGUCUGGGGACUAUAUUAUCAUGACAAUCUUCUUUGAUCUGAGCAGACGCAUGGGAUACUUUACUAUUCAGACAUACAUUCCUUGUAUACUAACAGUUGUUCUUUCAUGGGUCUCAUUUUGGAUUAAUAAAGACGCUGUGCCUGCAAGGACAUCAUUAGGUAUUACUACAGUAUUGACUAUGACAACACUAAGUACAAUUGCUAGGAAAUCUCUCCCUAAGGUCUCAUAUGUGACAGCAAUGGACCUUUUUGUUUCAGUUUGCUUCAUUUUUGUGUUUGCUGCCUUGAUGGAAUAUGGCACCUUGCAUUACUUCACCAGCAACAAAAAAGGGAACAAAGAGAAAGAGAAGUCUUCAAAACACAAGCCAGCUAAAUCAACUGCAAUUGCUGUCCGUCCUAGAUCAACAUUAAUAGCAAUUAACAACAUUAAUCACCUCCAACAGCGUGAUGAGGAUUAUGGAUAUGAGUGCCUGGAAGGCAAAGACUGUACCAGCUUUUUUUGUUGUUUUGAAGACUGCCGCACAGGUUCUUGGAGAGAAGGAAGAAUACACAUCCGUGUUGCCAAAAUCGACUCCUAUUCUCGAAUCUUCUUUCCAACAGCCUUUGCCUUGUUCAAUCUCGUUUAUUGGAUUGGUUACCUUUACCUAUAAAUUCCAGAGGUUUGACAAACUCAGAAAAGGGAUAACUUAACACUGAUACCGUUUAAUAUACUUCAGUGAAAAAUAUAGAAUUAGAGCUGCUCAAAAUCUCUGAAAUUCACAUGAAAAUUGAAAUUCUUGAAAAAAUGAAAGGAAAUAGAACGACAUUUUCAUACAUUUUCAUACUAUCUAAUUGAUCAAUUAUAUAGCUAAUUUUUAACUUUUGAAGUUAGGGGCAAAACUUUCAAAAAACUUUUUUUAAAUUUUUUUCUUUUGUCCAGCUCUAACAAAAAUGCAGAGAAACCAGUGGUUAAAUGGCUGAAUCAGGCACCUCUUCAUAACUUUUAAAUUUUGUUUUUAAAUGGAAUAACAGCUAAACAUUGUAGCAUCUCUUACACCAAAGUUAACAAAGCCUUAAUAAAAUAGGUGUAGCAGUACUGUUAUUGAAUCAUUCUCAUAUCUACCUUUUCUACCACAGAGUGACUUUUAAAAAUAAAAAAACCCUGAACUUUUAUAAAUUCCUAUUUUAAAGAGGUUGGCGUGGAAUAUUCCUCUGGUCCAUUUAACCAUUUGUCCUCUGCAUAAUACUGGUAACAAGAAUUUGUAAACCUGAAUGCAGUUAAUUAGCACUUAAUGAAAGCAGCAUGAAACUGACAUGUUAUAUGAAGGCAAUAGUAAUUUUGAACUGGUAUGAUCCUGACCAUCACAUAAGUUUUGUGCUUAGAACUUGGGUUAAGUUUAUGCUUGCUCUUUGCCCGUCAUUGCUUAGCUAUUGGUAGUUUCCUAGGGUUCCAAAAAAAGGGCAAAAUCCUGCAGAGAUCCUUAACUAAUGUAAAUUGGUGCAGCUCUACUGAUUUCACCAGAACUAUUCCACUUUAAACCAGAUCAGGAUCUGGGCACUGAACAUAGUGCUUCUCCUUCCUUUCUCCUGCUCUCUUCCCCCAACUAGUCUCAUUCAUUCUAAUGGACUAUCCAGGGUUGUAAAAACCAUUGUGCUCAGUAGAGUUUGUAGGACUUGGGGCCAGCUAUUGUUCUCCCAAACUCUACCACUGCCAUAGUCAUUACAUUCAGAGGCAUUACUUUCCAACUCCAGCCCUCAGAGCAAAGGGCAUGGCCUCCUUCACUUCUUCAGAAACCCAUAUUAUUUACAGGAUAAUCCAAAAUGGUAGUGCUUCUAUUGAUUCUGUUCAUCUCUGUGUGUCUCCUUCUGAGUCAAUACUAAAAAGCAGCAGUUUUAAUACACUUGCAAUAUGAAUUGAUUUAUAAUGGCUGUUGUAAUAAUUGUAUGUUUAAUUGGAAAUGUGUAUUGUUCAGAAAGAAAAAUAAUUAUGUAUUUCAGGUAAUUCUCCAUGGUGCAACACAUCCCUAAAAAGCAUAGGACUCUGUCAUGCACCCCCUCCUCACUCAGAUGUUCCAUUGACAUUAGUGGAUAUUGUGCAAGUGAUGGACUUGCUAGACUGAGCUCACCGCUUGUUGAAUAUUGUUGGCUGGCUAAAUUAAUUAGCACUUUUGUAUCAUAAAUCAUUUUGUCUUUACUGCAGAAAAGUACAAUCCUUUCUGCUUUCUGACCUUUCAUAGACAAUGAAACUGGUCUCAAGCUAACCCACAAAAGUCAGCUGUGUAAUUGAAGAAUUCCUUAACUAAAAGUCAAACAAAAGAGUCCUUGAGGAUACUUUAAAAGGGAUGUGUGGGACAAGGAGUUGUCUACUAUAGAUGGGCCUUAGUGCAGACUUCACUGUAUCAGAGGACAUCUCCACAAAGCAUAAAAUAACUGAUAGCUUGAAGUAGACAAAGAUUUAUCAUUUUAAAGGGGAAGACUCUAGAGUUCUAUUGAAAUCAUCCCUUCUCUGGAUGCGUCUCAGAAACAUACUGUAUCCUUAUAGUCACUGGUAUCAGAAACAAUAUGGUUUGAUGUACAUUCCACACUGAAUUCAGAGGUCCAGAUCCUCAAAAAUAUGUAGGUGUCUAACUCCCUUGAAACCAAUGGGAUUUAGGAGCCUAAAUGUCUUUUGAGGGUCUGGGCCAGAGGGACUACUCAUGUGAAAUGUGAGAACUGCAUUUGACCUCUGAGUUCAAUGAUGAAUCCAAGACCCAAAAAAAAAAAAAAAAAAAAAAAAAAAUCAGUGGUUCUGGGGGGAAAAUGUAUUGAUGGACACAGUUUAAUGCAAACUUUAUUUCAAUAUUUAGCUGACAGGAUGUAGAAAUGAUCAGGAGAAUUUGAAAGACUGCCACUGACGUCAGACUUCUUUUACUGGGUGACCUUUUCAGAGCUCAGAGCUUCUCCUACCUGUUAGAAUGAGGGUAAAAGUGAUGCAGCAUCUAAAGACAUUUCCUAACCUACUAUCAUUGCUUAACAGUCCAGUUUCUGGGACAUGUCCAAAAAAAUUGAAAUGAGCCAGUUCCAACUACCAGUGCAGUUGUGCACUGUGCAUUGGGAAUGUGGUGAGGGUGGUUUCAAUAACAGUAGAUUAAAGGAAAAUGAAGGGUACCAUGAUUACUAUACCACUAAAGGCCCUAUCCUAUGAAGAGCUGAGCUCCACCAACUCCCGUUUAAGCAAACGGCACUUAGGGAGCUCAGCACUUUGCAAGAGGAAAUCAGUACUUCAGUGCUGCAGAGGGAACCCUCUCUUGGCACAUCCAGUUAGUUAUUUCUAUUUCAUUUAAUUGUCAGUUGCCAGUCAGCUCCAGUGAAUGAAUUAGCAAAGAGAGAACAUCCUGAAUUGGCAGGGGAUGGACAAGAAGUCUGUCAUCUCUAAUUUGUAUGAAACAACAUAAUGGAGUAUUAAAGCUAUUGAAUGUUAGGGCUGUUUGGCUUAUAAAUACACUUGCUUCUGUCUGUUAACCAACUUUUUUGUGUACCUCAUUUGUUUCUGGUGAAAACAUUUCAGGUUUUCAUAGUACUGUGUGUGCAGUGAACUAUAACUUGGCAUGCAAUAAAUGUGUUGAUUUAGCCCUACAUGUUUCCUUUCUAGUCUGCAUGGAAACUCUCCCUACAUACCAAGACAUCUAACUGAACUUAAUGAAAAAUGGCAGGAAGCAGAGAUUAGAUGUGAUCAUCUUUAAAUACACAUAGCUAUCAAAGGGAGAGUGGCUUAUUUGCUGAGGUAUGCCAUUGUCAGAUUUGGAGGUUUGGAGUAGUGCACUGUGGCCCCAAUUCAGCAUAGCACUUAAGUGUAUGCUUAAGUCCAUCCCUGUUCAGAACAAUCCUUGGACUGAAUUCAGGAAAGCUCUUGCACAUAUGCUUAAGUGAUCUCAUGAAUAGAGAUGUUUUCCUAAAAUUAGUCCUUAAACUCGUGUUUAAAUCCCAUUGAUUUCAAUAGGCAGCACUUAAAUGACUGAGCCCUACCAACAUGAUCCAAAGCAUAUUUAAGUCAAUGGGAGGUUUUCUCAUUGAUUGCAAAGGGCUUUGGAGCAGCUGCCAUAUAAAUGAAAAGGGCUGGGACAAUGGAAAUAGAGACAACUGCAUGAAACCUGUGCUUCAUAGACUUGAGAAAUUUCUGAAAUGUAUCUUGUGAAAGACCUUAAGUGAUACUUUUAUAGUCAAGUGAUCAUCUCUCUGUUGUGAGUUAAUGCAUCUAAAUGUGUUAUUUUGCAGCAAGGUUUUGUGUAUAUUAUUGUAUUUCACUCAUUACCCUCAGUGUUUGAAUGUUUUAUUUUAUGUAGUGACAGGACCAAGCAAAAAAAUGUGAACUCUGAUUACUGUGCUUCACACAAUUUCUUUCAAUAUGCUUUAUAGGCCUGGUCCCUUGUCUUAUGACAUGGAAUGUUGCAACAUAUUAAAGGAGAAUUACUUCAGACAAUGUUGUUUUGCCACUGUAAUUACCUGUUGCUUACUUGUUAUGUUAAUGUAUGGUUUGUUUUAAGAUGAUAUUUGAAAGAUGCUUUGUAAUUUGGUCAUAAAAAUGUGAACCCUUAGCCUGUCUUUCAUAUCAAAAGCUCAUGGAAAAAGAUUAGAUUUAUUUUUUAAAUAUUUGUAUAAAACAAGAUACUUUGUUGCAGUGUCCUUCACCAUCACAGUUCAUAUUUUCAGACUUACUGCAAAUAAGCCUAAUUUAUAUAUUUUUAAAAUCCUUAUCAGUGUUUAAAGUUAAAUUGCACACUGUUGUAAUUCUUCUUUGCAUAGUCAUACUUUCAAAAUGAUCUUUUUAUCUGUUUUUAUUGUAUUAAUCUAAAAAUGCAGCUUCUAAUGAUUAUGCAUACAGCCAAUGGAAAGCAAAAUCAUUGUCCAUGAGCUAAAUUAAACAAGUUACUAAAAUACAAGAACAGAACUUGACAGAAUUACUUUGCUUUCAUUUCCAUAGAAGCUUAAAUCUCCAACGCACCUUGAUAAACAUAGCAAAGAAGCAAUUCACUGAGGUGUAGAAGCCCCAGACCAGCAGCUCUGCACAAGUAAAGCAUCAACAUGGCAGAGUGCAUGCACUAUAAGCUAUGGAAGGUCUCUGUCCUGGCUUUGAAUAAGGUUGAGAUUUUCAAAAGCAUCCAGUGUUGGACUAAUUUUGUUCUUAGUGAGGUCAAUGGGAGCUUUACCACUGACUUCAAUGGGACAGAAUUAGGUCACUUUUGAAAAACUUCACCCUAACAUCCUGGCUACUGUAUCUUCUUGGCUUCUUUUAGUUAGAGUAUCUUUCAGAGGUGCUCAGUGUGACACUGUUAUUCUACCUGCAGCUUAAUUGACUUUGUUUUUAAUAUAACAGCAGAAAAAAAUUGUAACCAACCAGAUUUAAAAUAAGACAUAAUUAAACAACACCUGGGUUUUUUUCUAGAGAUUAUUGACUGGCUGGAAGGAGCUAACGGCAUUAACUUCAUUGGUCAUGAAUUCCUGUGAAAUAUCCUGUUAUAGGGAUGUUAUUGCUAUUAUGAUAUUAAAACAAAGUGGAAAAUGUUUUUGUUUUAUGGCUGAUUAAGUUUCAAUUGGUAUUUACAGGGCCUUUCUUGAGAAUUAAUGCCCUCUACAUUAAGCCAAUAAGAUUGCAUGAAUCACAUUUCAUUGUCUCAUAAAAAAAUGUUCACUGUAUCUACACAAAGAAUCGGACUAAGUAAAUAAAUU